AUGACCCACGGUGACAUUGGACAAUCCUAUCGUAGAAGGAGUAAAAAGCUACAUGUAUUUCCAGAUCCUGCGGCGUGUAUAGACCACGUAUCACUAUGCCAUACCUAUGAUCCUAUCAUCUGUACGAUAUAUAAAUCAUGGGCAGAAAUCCAGUGUUUUUGUUUUUGCCAGCUUCACUCUCAUGGGCAAAAUUGGAUUUACAAAACAACUUCUCCAUCAACCUCAACACCUUCUACACAGCAGACCAGCUCCACGACUCAAAUGAUGACGUCAUUACAAAAAGUGACCAAUCAAGUACCCCGAUCACUCUCCUGUUUCACCUGUGACGAUUAUUUAACUUUUCGUUGUCGAUCAUUUGCUACAGAAUGUGACAAUACUUGUAUGAUCAGAUACAAAGAUGGGAGACUGCAAACAAAAUGCACGUUAGAUCUUGAAUGUAGAAUUGCUCAACAAGAUGACUUUUUAAAUAUACGCAGCUCGACGCGCUGCUGCAGAGACAAUGCUUGUGUUAGCGAUACCCUGCAGCAGGCAGUUCUAGUUCAUCAUAAACAGAUAGGGGGUCAAACAACACUGCCUAUUGGUAUGGUAUCAAAUUCAAAGACUCAACCAACUUCUGUGACAACCUCUCAAUCAGGACAUUUGUCAACCACAAAACCAGUGGUCAAAUCAACAACAGCAAAAUCAACUCCAAUUCAAGUGACUCAGAAUUUAUCAACCAUGAAAUCAUCAACUUUACAACAUUUAACUCUUCUGCAGAAAACUACAUCACAGAAGAUAUCAACAGUAACUGGCUCAACUGUCAACACAAAGUCCUCUUUAGUACCUAAAACAAGGACCACAACUCAUCCCUGGGGUUUUGUUACUCUUCCCAUUGGGAGACGUCGAAAAUAAGGA